AUGUAUGUGAAGCAGUUAGUCAUUGAUGGCUUCAAGUCAUACGCUCAACGAACGGUGCUGGACGAUUUUGAUCCGAAGUUCAACGCGAUAACUGGGAUGAAUGGCAGUGGCAAGUCAAACAUCCUCGACGCGAUUUGUUACGUGUUGGGUCUUACCAACCUGGGCAGGGUGAGUAGGCAUUUUCUAAAAGAUGAAAUCACAUGUUUAAAUUUAUUUCUAAAGUAAAA